UUUUUGGAAAGCAACAAUUUAUAUCAACUUGUAGAUAAUCCAACGCGAAUUACUCGGUCUGGUGAGUCCAUUCGUGACCUUAUCAUAUCAGACUCGCCUGGCUUUUUUGUUUCUUCUGGUACUCUCAGUCCGCCAGCUAACUGUGAUCACUGCAUUAUCUAUGCAAAUUUUAAUUUUUUUCUUCUAUAUCGUUAAAUACAGUUGAGUCUUUCAUACCAUGAGAAAGUGAUUAUUCGACCUCGCGACAAACCAUGGAUGACUGGUCAUAUCUGUAAAGCUGUUCAAAAGCGUGAUCGUCUUUUAAAAACUUAUUCCAAAUACAAAUCACCUACAUCCUGGCAUCGUUAUAGUGUUCAGAGGAACUUAGUAGUUAGUCUUGUCAGGAAAGCGAAGAUUAAUUAUAAUACAAAGACUAACCAAGCUCUUAGUGAUCCAGCAAUCAUUCCAAAAAAUGGUGGCGUAUUGUAA